UACACUACUACGGUACUAACGUAUGAAGCCCUUAUUGGCGCAUGCCAAUUGAAUUUUGAACCAGCGCAACCAAAUUUUGUAAUGUAGUGCAUGCAUAAGCUGAGUGAAGUUAAGCAAGGGGGGAAAGUUCACAUAAGGUCUUUCAUCCUACAUAUUUUGUGUACCAUGGACAACGGAUAUGGUCGCAGGCCCAGCGCAAUGGCUAGACCAGAAGACGGUCGUACCAGUACCCCACUCAGACUGUUUGUUGAUGCCAAAAGAAAGAUUAAUGAAAUCUACAAGGAGGUAUCAGGUCACAUCAUAGACAGCCACACUUUCCUGGAUGGAAUAUCUUCAGCUUCGCAGGUAGUAUCUGAUGAACAGCUGAGUAAAGUAGAAGCAUUCAGUAACCAGGUUAGAGGAAUCCAAGAUGUCCUGGAGAGAGAUCAUAUGAAAGUAGCAUUCUUCGGCAGAACGAGUAACGGCAAGAGUACAGUAAUUAAUGCAAUGUUACGUGAUAAGGUGCUACCCUCUGGUAUCGGCCACACCACAGACUGCUUUCUGUGCGUUGAGGGAUGCGAAGGGCAAGAGGGUUACAUGAGCAGACAGAACAGCUCGGAGAAAAUGAGUAUAACUUCUGUGAGUCAGUUGGCCCAUGCACUUGCAGGAGAACGAGAUCAUGAUGAUUGUCAACAGAGUAGUAUCCUUCACAUCUUCUGGCCACGGACUCAGUGCCAUCUUCUCAUGAAUGAUGUUGUCCUUCUUGACAGUCCUGGAAUAGAUGUGGAGCAAGAUCUUGAUGAAUGGAUCAACACUCACUGUAUGGAUGCAGAUGUAUUCGUCUUGGUAUUGAAUGCAGAGUCUACCCUUAUGAGAACAGAGAAAAGCUUCUUCCACAAAGUGAGUGAAAAACUCUCCAAACCCAACAUCUUUAUCCUAAACAAUAGGUGGGAUGCCUCUGCUAAUGAACCUGAAUAUAUGGAAGCAGUGAAGAGGCAGCAUUUGGAGAGAGAUAUCAAAUUCUUAGUGGAAGAGCUGAAGGUUGUGACUGAAGCACAAGCCAAGGACAGAGUAUUCUUUGUGUCAGCCAAGGAAGCCCUCAAUUCCAGGAUUCCAAAGACAAUGUCAACUCCAGAUGCAAAUCCAAUAGUUGAAGGUUACCAAGCAAGAUUAUUUGAAUUUGAGAACUUUGAAAGAAAAUUUGAGGAAUGUAUUUCACAGACUGCUGUGAGAACCAAAUUUGAGCAGCAUGCCAAACAAGGCAGACAGAUUGUGGAUUACACACAGGAGAUCUUAUCACAGGUUUUAGAAGCAGCUACUAAAAAGAGAGCGGCCUGCAUCGAGAAGCGAAAGGAUCAGAAUGAUAGAUUAGACUACCUGAAGGAUCAGAUGAAGAUAUUAAGCUUAGAGAGUAAGGAGAGGAUUAAGGAUGUUUCUGAACAAUCAGAAUCAAAGGUAUCAGCUACCAUGACAGAUGAGAUCAGAAGAUUAUCUCUUCUUGUGGAUCAGUUUGACAAACCUUUCCAUCCAGAGUCAUUAGUAGUUCAGGUCUAUAAGGAGGAGCUCCAGAAGCAUGUAGAAGCGGGUCUUGGUCAAAACCUAGCAGCAAGGUGCUCAGCUAACAUCAAACAAUCAGUAGAGGAAGUCCAGACCCAGAUGACAGAACGAAUGUCAGCCCUGUUACCAGAGGACUCCAAGGAGAGAGUCGAGGGCCUCCUCUUCCGUAGGGACUUUGAUCUCAGCUACCGCCUGGACUGCCAGCACCUCUUUGCAGACUUCAAGGAGAACAUUGAAUUCCGAUUCUCACUCGGUCUCACUGCCAUUAUGAAUAGAUUUUUAGGACCAAGAGGAACAAGAGCUACUCUUGCUGGUCUCACUGGAAUGGUGCAGCCAACCAAUCUCCCUCCUGGAGUAACAGUCACAGAAGAACCUUCAUCAACUGACAUGACAGUAGCCAUGCUGUCUGGCAUAGCAUCACUCUACUCAAGAACAUCAGUUGGUCUUAUGAUUGUCACAGGAAUAGUAUGGAAAUCUGUAGGUUGGAGGGUGCUGGUAGUAGGGGGUGGUCUUUACGGUGUGGUUUACCUCUAUGAGCGCCUCACAUGGACAAACCGUGCCAAGGAGAGAACUUUCAAGAAACAGUUUGUUGACUAUGCCUCGGACAAGCUAAAGCUUCUUGUAAGCUUUACUAGUUCCAACCUCAGUCAUCAGAUACAACAAGAGCUAUCUGGAACGUUUGCUCGUCUUUCCCUUGAGGUGGAAAAUGCUAAACAGAGCUUAGAGAAGGAAAUUGUUGACAUGGAGGUCGAGACUAAGAGAUUAGAAGGCCUUAUUACCAAGGCAAAGCUUAUGAGGAAUAAAGCUGGGUGGCUGGACAAUGAACUAGAAAGAUUCAUAGCACAGUAUAUUCAGCAUUGACAGGAGCUGUUGCCAUAGCAGCCCAAGAUGGUACAACUCUGAGGAAAUUUGAUCCAUCUUACAAAUUAGACAACAAUUUGUUACGAGGACGAUUUCAGUUUCCUGCAAAGGAAUGUUUAAAUUCCCUGCUUAACAGACAUGUUCAUGCAUUUUCCAUCAAUAUGCCAGGUCCAUAUUUUGCAUAUUUUCAAUUGGAGCCUCAGUGUAUAUUUGAUAACUACAUUCACCUGGUAAAUUGUGCCAUCAUUGUUUCAUGACUCUUAUACUAAAUUCUUGCAUCUUCCCAUUUUCUCCUUACAAAGGCAAUGAAAAAAUAAAAAUAUAUCGAAAAAAUACUACUUUUUCUGUUUUCAAGAAGAAGAACACCAAUUAAAUAGUGUGAACACUAACUUUAAAUUUAUAUAAUUUGGGCAGAUAAUAUCUUCAUUACCAAGGCAUUGUUUAGUCCAUUAGAUUGAUUUUCAUGUUAUUUCAAAAUAGAAUGAUGAGGUCUUAAAACAGCAAGUGUCAAAUAUGUGGGUGUACAGUUUAUAUUUCAACACUAACAAUUGCAGAUUUGAAUCAUUUUGGGGAAAUGAUUAUUCUAAACUAUGUAAAGAGUUUCAAUCUUUCGGUGGACUUCAACACAAUAUUCAAUACUGAAAGCGCAGUACAAUUUUGAGCAGUCUCGUCAAAUACUAUAAAUGCACUUCAUACCUGAAGCACAAAUAAUUCAGGAAAUCUCUAAUAUUAGUUGUUGAAUUACUUUGUUUGGAGUCUACCCUCAUAAAAAAAUUACUAGAUUGAAUUGUAAACAAGGAUAUUCCUUCUUGUAUUUAUUGGUCAGAAAUUCAGGAAUGUUCCAUUUUUUUGCAUUGAACUCUGAUGUGAUUUAUAUGUAGCAUUAUGCUGAACUUCAAAGAUUUCUGAGGAAACCUAGGAUUUUGAAGCUGAAGAUAAAUUGCCUCACUCUGCUCUUCUUUUUUUUACCAGACAUGUACAAAAGAGAAAAUCUUUCCUCCCUGACUAUUUUCCCCAAAAAAAAUUAUGUUUCACUGGCAUGACUGUGUAGAGAAUUUCAAUUUCACUGUCCUAUUGUAUCAUUUUCUGAUUAUAAGAUAUACAGGUAACCCUGCCUAAGUCAGACUUGUGAGAAUCACAGAAAUCUGAUUGACUACUGGUAAUGAGAAAUUCCAUUCAGAAGAGGUGUAUAGCACA